UUGAGUAGUUGGCAACUUGGGACGCAAUGCAUGCCUUUUAUUCUUUGUUUAUUUAAAAAAAAAAAAAAACUUUGUUUUUUUAUUAAUUCAAAAACAAAAACACCGAACACACCCCCAAGGCCACAAUAAUCACGAGAUUUCAACAGCAGAUUGAAGCGAAAACAAAUUCUCAAGCAAACCAAACAUCUCUCUCUCGAUCGACAUCCGAUAAUUGCUCGUAAGGUUUUGCGCAUUGGGAUCUCUAGCUGAGAUAGAGGACAAUGAGAUACAGGAAAGGGAGUAUUGUCGAGGUCCUGAGCAAAAGUGAGGUGCCAUUGUGCUCAUGGCGUUGUGCUGAGAUAAUCUGUGGUAAUGGGCACAACUACACUGUCAAAUACAAGAUGGAUCACGGUGCUAGUGACGAGGCAGCUGUUGAAAGGGUGUCUAGGAAGUCAAUUAGGCCCUGUCCUCCUCCGGUGAAAAAGUUGGAGAAUUGGGUUCCCGGUGAUGUUGUAGAGGUGUUUCAGAAUUUCUCUUGGAAGAUGGCAAUUGUGUCCAAGGUUUUGGGUAAGAAUUGCUUUUUGGUUAGGUUAGUUGGUUCCUACCUUGAAUUCGAAGUCAGUAAAAUUGACAUCCGGGCACGACAAUCUUGGGAGAGUGGCAAAUGGUUCGUGAUUGGAAAGAGCAAUGAUAACAGUGAAGUUAGGAAACACAGCAAAUGGUCGACUCUGAAGUACAAUAAGAAGUUGAGUUCCCGAGUACAUAACACGGAUACAAGAAUGAACUCUCAUGUAGAAGAGGAGCUUUUUGCUGACAAGGACAACCACUUUCAGGAAUCACGCAUUGGGUCUGCUAGAACACAGAAGAAGAGGCAGUUGUUCAACUGCUAUUCUCAAGUUGGGGCACCCGCACAGAAAUUUAGGCUGAUUGAGAAAGAGGGUGGGCGUCAUCGUCUGCUUGCUGCAAAUCCAUCCCCUUUACCUGAAAAGGUAGAUGCUGCUGCAUCCCAUAGAGAAAUGCUUGGUGAUAAACAUGUAUAUACUUCUUUGGACUAUGCGAGGAGUCACUUUAGUGAAAUGGAUAUGGAGAGGGAGAAACCAAGUGGAGCUAUUGGGAUUUCUCAUGCAUUUAGCUUAGAACCUAAUGACGCAGAUAAUAUCACAUGCUCUGUGGCUAGUUGUAGCGUUACUAGCAAUGAUUCCUUUAAGUUUCACUCUAGAUUUUCUAGAGAUCCUGUUGAAGAUAUUGAAGGUAAUUUUAGCGAUGCUGAGUCUGUUUAUCAUUGGGGGCUUGAGGAAGGGAAUGGUCUUCUUCCCUGUCAGGAGGACUUGGCGGCAGAAACUCGUAGGUUAGAAUUACAUGCCUACCGUUGUACUAUGGAGGCAUUGCAUGCAUCGGGACCCUUAAGUUGGGAACAAGAAACUAUGGUCACAGAUCUUCGGAUCUCACUCAAUAUAUCAAAUGAUGAACAUUUGAUGGAGCUAAGGAACUUAAUUUCUAGUGGUACCAGCGUUCCUCUUUGUUGACAAGGAAAAAUACAUAAGAACCUGCCCCCUCAUCAUAUUUUCUCCUUCUUUCAUUACUUGUGAGUUGAUUCAUUUGAUUUUUGGUAGAAUGGCUCAUACAUAAGUGUAAGAAGCAGGAUGAAGUGUCAUCUUUUUGUUGCUUUUAUUUUAGUUACAGAUAUUCAUAUCCCUACAAGUCUAGGUUGAAAUCCUUGUACCUCAAACACAGUUAAUGGAGUGGAUAUUUCAUAACUAA